AUGUCGGAAGAAGUCCAGCCUAAGAAUAUAUCUUCAGUGGAGACCAAAUAUCUCGACCAACCACCAAGUUGUUUGGAGUUUUGCCCGGUAGAUCCCAACUACUUUGUAGUAGGGACAUACUUGCUUCAGGAGACUCGAGAAUCCGCGGAAGAGAAAACGAGCAAAGCAGGAGAUGAAGAUGAAGAUGAAGGAAUUGCCUCCGGCUCUGUUAAGCAGACAAAGACGGGAUCUUUGCAGUUGUGGCAUCUAGAUGCCACAGCUGUCGCUACUUCUAAACUACAACGAAAGCAAGUAGUACCUCUACCUUAUGCCGUCUUCGAUAUAAAAUUCCACCCAAUUCGACAGCAUAUCCUCGGUGUUGCAGGCAGUGAUGGCUCUAUCUCCGUCUAUAGUGUCUCGAAGGAGGAUCACCGUGAUAGAACCACUGAUCCACAAAUCCAGCAUUAUUGGACGAGCUCUGCAGAACACCCCGGUGUUUCAGCCCUAUAUUUCAGCUGGUUCCCAGAAGACUGGUUUCCACUAGCCUCAAUUCCGUACACAGAUGGAUUCGUAGUAUCAUUCUCGAAUGGUACAACACGCACUUGUGUUCUUGACCCCCUGCCUGGAAAAUCAUACGACAUUGCCAAAAAUAAGGGAUCCAAGAACGGAGGCAGUUGGCAAUUCAUAAGCACUGAAUACCUCCCCGAACGUCGCAAAAACAUCGAGCCGUGGUUCCUAGCAUUGGCCAAAUACCAGAAUCCCAAUCUCCCUGGUGGGAUGGAAUCAUAUAUGUUCACUGGCGACGAUAUGGGAACAUUGUGGAAACAGAGUUAUAGCUACCCUGAUGACGGGGACCACAGUUAUGACCUUGAGGAGAUGUGGUCGCGGUGUGAUUAUACAAAUACCGACGACGAAGGUCGCCAUCAUACCGCGGGCGGCGUCACAUCCAUACUACCACUACCGAUUUCACACCUAGUCAAGAAGGCACCUAUAAUAUUGACGGGUAGUUAUGAUGAGUACAUUCGAGUCUAUCACGCCACAUUCAAGGGCUCAGUCCUCGCCGAGAAACGCCUGGGAGGAGGAGUGUGGCGUUUACAAAUCAUCGACAUCGAGAAUAUCACAAACCGGGCAGCGGCUGCAGGAGAACCAUUCUCGGAAAUUCGGUACUUGAUUCUGGCGAGUUGUAUGCACGCUGGUACUAGGAUUGUAAGAGUUAUCUGGAAGAGGUCGCGCUUGUCAAAUGACGAAAUUGGCGAUUGGGAUAUAGAAGUGUUGGCGCUGUUCACGGAGCAUGAGAGUAUGAAUUAUGCUUCGGGAGUAUGGAGGGGAGGAAACAAUGCAACGACAGGAACGGAGUUGGUGUGCGUUUCAAGCAGCUUCUAUGAUAAGAGGUUGUGCUUGUGGAAGGCUCAGGUCUAA